AGGGCUAAAGAUGAUUCCGAUGCCUACAGGUACAGUUACAUAUACAACAGGGAUGAUGAAAUUCGUCGAAGCACAGGUUCAAUUUAUGGGGCUGACAGCCCCUUAAAAAUGAAACCACAACCUAUGCACGUGCGGAGUAGCAGCGACACAAGUGAAAUAAAUGUGGUCGUGAGGAACAAUUAUGCAGAUGGCGGGGAUGCUGAACAACGUUCCCCUACUAAUGAAAGUUUUUUUGCAUUAAUAAGGAAGUUCGAACAAAAUAUUCAAAAUGAGGGACAUAUACAACCAGGUCAGAAAUCCUGGUUUUACGAUAAUGAAGGCCAGACCAUUGAUGGCGUUAGAAGCAAAUCAGGAGUUAGUUCAGCCUCCUCAAGCCCGCUUACUGAAAGAAGGACUCCUUUGCUUAAACGUAAAAACUCGCUUAGAAACAAUGCUUACUUGUUUCGAGUUUUUAAGGGGUCUGGAGAUGCGAAAGCAGGAGAGGAGGAGAUUGGAGAUGAGCCUUCUAGAAAAUUCUUUGCGCAUUAUGAUUGUCGUAGCGUAAUGGUUGAUUUUGAUGAACUUGCACUGCAGUAUUCCAAGCAAGGUGAUGGACUCAAAAGAAAAAACAAAAGAUCUGGAGCAUCUGCGGCGUCAACUAAAGUUACUGCAGCAACGAUCCAUGAUAAAUUACAACGGCGAGGUUCGGACUCUAGUGUGAGCAAUAAUGAGGAGGAAUCAGACCUUGGCGAUGAGAAAAGUAAUAAUCUCAUUCUAAGUUGCCCAUAUUUUCGAAAUGAACUUGGCGGUGAAGAGGACCAGGACCCACAAAUUGGGUUAUCAAGGGGCACUGCAGCAUUGCAAAAUCUCCAUGAUCCCUCACGACCAAAAGAACCUAAAUUAGACAACUUUAGAAGAAGGUCAACCCUUGAUAUUUUAUUGACUGCAUAUGAUUCUGCACAAGUAGGAAAUCUAAGCAGUGGUACUGGAGUUACAAUUCUUGAUAAUUCAAAACCUGAAAGUGGAUUCUUGUAUCUUGGAGAAAGUUUUUACAAUGAAAAUGGACGAGUAUUUGAGCAUGUGGAUCAUGGAGCUUAUUAUUACAAGAACUUUUUUGUUGGACAAGGUAGGUGAAAAUAAGAUAUGUUUAUCCUUCUUACUUCUUUUCGUAGUCAAAGGAAAAAAAAUGUGAAAUGCUAAAAAAUAAAUAGCACUGUGCAGGAGUUCUGUCAAAGAGUAUUUGCAUGGCAACAUAGGAUUUCAUCCACAGAUUUAGAACGUAGAGUGACAAAUAAGUCUCUCCAUAACAUGGUCUAGAAGGGAGAGUGUUUUAAACUUACAAUAAUUAUAACAUACUAUUAGCUUGUAAUUAAGUUCUGGUAGACAAGGUACUUCCUCAGUCUUUUUUUCUCUCUGCCUUUUUCAGUUUUGAGCUGUUGCUAUGGUAACCUCUCUUAACUAAUUGUAACAUUGGUUGGGAGUUUGUUUGAUUCUUGAAGAAAUUCAUCAGGCUAGUGAAGUUAAACAGUCGAUCUAAAUGUUCUUAAAACAUAGCCAGUCUUAACGUCUUAUUGAUGCUGACACUUUCAAUGACUGCGAGUUUUUUGCAAUAAUUAACACCUUCAGAAGCCUAUUUAAGGCUUCUGACACUUUUAAUGUUUUUCAAGUUUUUAUAAAGAUGGCUGACAGUCAAUAAGACGUCAAGACUGGCUAUGUUUUAUAAACUUUUAAAUCGAAUUUGUUUGAUGCCGUUACUGUCUAGCAACAAAAGAGUUAAAAGUGUUGAUAUUAAUUCAUCAAAGUUUACAUACAUAAUUAUGUAAAAAUUCUGUUGAAUGGGUUACAGCCACCUUCUCCAUGUAUAUGCAUGUGUAGAAUUUAGACUGGUCUCAGGAAGAAUGCAGCGUGCAAAGAAAGUAGUGUCCAAUGGCCCAGGGCUAGUGGAUUUUGCUAUUGGGCUAGUGAAUUCUGUUUUUAACUAGUCCGACAGGCAAGUGAUGUUUUUUGAGGAGUUUGAAUAACAGAAGAACUGUGAAAUCAAUUCUGCUUGUCAAAAAGCUUUUGGGGCUAGUUGCAAUGACAUCUGGGCUAGUAAAUACUAGCUUCAGCUUGCCUGAAUGGCAAGUUGUAAAAAUGAUUUUCUUUACACCCUGAGAAUGCUUGCAAAUUGCUGUGAAAAUUAACAACACUUCUUUCAAAGUCAUUUUUAUGUAGUACAGUCGACUCCCAAUAACUCGAACCUUCAAGGGAAAUCGAAAAAAGGUUCGAGUUACCGGGAGUUCGAAGAAAAUAGCCGAGAGUAAGAUAAAAACAGUUUUUAUUGCACAGUGAACAUUUUAAUCACAUUUAAUUGUAGAAAUGUGAAGUAAAAAUUAAAAGAUACUUUUAGAUUAUAAAUCAGAACGUAACGUAACAAAACAUAGCCUAAAUGGAGCAUGCAUUUUACUGUUUUGAGAAGAAAAGCUGCUUCACAUUAGCCUGUGACAAUCAACAUCAGCCUCCGCCAGUAAACUAUACUCCUACAACACUUCAAUAGAAAAUCCAAAAUUCAAUGUUUCGGAUGCCAGUAGACAGCUUUUUUCCCUACUUUUUAAGUGCCCAAAACAUUGUUCGAGUUAUUGAGGGUAAAAUCAUAUAGAAAAUGACCUGAAGGGAAACGAAAAUUGGUUCAAGUUAGCGGGAGUUCGAGUUAUCGAGGGUAAACUUACAUUGAAUGUAUGACGGAAAUCCAGGGGAAAUCGAUUUUGGUUCGAGUUAGCGCAAGGAUUGAGUUAUCAAGGGUUCAAGUUAUCGGGAGUCAACUGUAGGUUAAUAGUAGGCAGCAUAUACAUCUAUUCCACUGUGAUAGAGUUGUUGGUUGAUGGGUCAUUUUGACUGGGCUGGGAAAUAUGAAAGUAAAUAGACUUUCUUCAUAUAUGGUGAAGUGAGAACUAAUCUUACUGGGUAAUAGAGCAAAAAUUGAUUUUAAACCUGAGAGAUAUUAUGCUGAAAACAAACAAACCCACAAAGUUAAGCUACUUUCACAUGUAUGUCCAUUGUUAAAGGGAUACAAUGAUUUUUCUGUGUUUCUGGGAUUAUUAAAAAAUUGAAUCUGAGGGGUGAAAAAGUAGCUUGACCUGCACUGGGUUUUAGACUUGUGAGUGUAAAGCCAUCUGUCCUUUUCCUUCCAGAGCAUUUGAACUAUCUUGGCAUUGAUGAAAAAUUUGGUCCGGUAGCAUUGUCGCUGAAACGAGAAAGACUUGAUGAAAAUUCGUCUCUUCUGAAAAGUGGUGAUUCCGAGGGAAACCAAUACCAGUAUCGCAUCAUUGUCAGGACAAGUGAGGUAAACUUCAGAGUUUAAAAUUUUUUAUUUGCCUUAAAAUCAUUUUUUUUAGUAUUGAUGCUGUGCUCUUGCUGUGGUUGGUGGCCCCUGGUCCCUUACUUUUGCUCUUGGGGGGCGUAGAAAAUCUUGGAAGAGAAUUCCUGGUCAUGUAUGCUCCUUGAAUGCUAGCCCUCCUUAAUGAAGGAGAUGCAUGUAAGAAAGAAGACAAAUAGUUUCUUUGUUCUCAGCUUUUAGGAAGCAGUUUAGAUUAGUUCCUUAAAGUAUGUGCAGAGCUGUCACUUAAAUUUCAUGUUGCCAGGUAGAUGGAAUUAGUAAGCUUUUAUUUCCCGUUUGUUUCCUAUGAAAGUCGCUUGGUGUCUUGCUUAUGAUAGCCAGGGGAAUCCCCUAGCCCUUAGUAAAAGCCCUGGCCUCAGAUGUUCAAACGUUGGAUAGCGCUACCCACAGGAUAAAUCACUAUCCAGCGAAUAAGUAUACGGAAAUCAAUUUCGCUAUCCGUGAAUGAUGUUUUAUCUGGUGGAUAGUGCUAUCCGAUGUUUGAACUACUGGGACCUGAUGUGUUGUUUUGGAUUUGCAGCUCACUACACUUCGAGGAAGUAUUCUAGAAGAGGCAAUUCCAUCGACAUCACGGCAUGGCUCAGCACGUGCUCUUCCUGCCAAGGACAUUUUAGAACAUGUUUGCCCAGAACUCCAGCUCUCUGCAUUGAGAAUGGCACAGCCUGGAAUCAAGGUAAUAGCCAUAUUUGGAAGCUUUUUUAAAAUUUAUUAGAUGCACCAAAACAAGGUCAACCUUAGCCUCACAUUCACUCAAAGGCUAGGAUACUAAGCUCACAACUGUAAAAUGGUCUAUUCAUCAAAUAUGCUUUCUUUAUUGUCAAGCUAUCAGCUGGUCAAAAUCACUACCUACUUUCAGGGUUCCAAAAAAGUUUUGAAGUUGGCAGAUUUAUUGUUGAAGAAGUUUCCUGAUUUUCCCUUUUUCUUUUUAAUGAUUAGGGGAAUGGCCCAUGCGGAGUAGAUGGCCCCAGUAGGUGGUGAUUCUUACUGGCUAUUUUUAUGUUUUUGGUCAGGCAGUCUGCUGUGCUAUUUAUGUGAUUCAUUAGUAGAAGAUAUUCCAACUACUUCAGCACUUUCUGACAACUGUAUGCUUUGUGCUCCCACAAUGAUUAGGUGCUCAGGAGAUGUGCUAUCAGUCUAGCUGCUACCAUUGACAGCUGGACACGUAUCAGUGAUUUUUUGUUGUUAACUUACUUAAGUUGCAUUAAAAUGUCUUUCUCUCUUGUUAGGUGCCUGAGCAGCUUAUGAAACUGGAUGAACAAGGGGUAAGUAACAAAGAUAAUAUUAUUAUGUACAGUUUGUAGACAAGAUGAAAUGUUUGUUUCUCUGAACAUUGGUAGCCAACAAAGUGCAGGAUUUGAAUAACUUACCUUGCCCACACAUCAAGCCACUAUGGAUGGAGGUUAAAAGGAGUCGGAACACUGUGGAAAAACCCUUCCUAGCCUGCGAGCAAGCUCUCCGAGAUGCUCUGGCGGUGGGUGAGUAAAGGAAGGAGAGCUUGCAACUACGUCUCUGGAAUUUGAAUAUCUGCAUCAAAAAAGUCAAUGCAAAAUAAUGAUUGGCAGAGAUGACAUUAGAAAUUAUGUCAUUAUCCUUGGUAUGUAUUUUUCAAUGAUUGUUUACAUUCGUGCUUGUUCCACUUCGCGCUGAUUGGCGACAAUCUGACAGCUCAGUUGAUGGGGAGCCACAGGGGAAGUAGAGGUGGAAUUCAAAUUCCAGAGAUGUAGUUGCAAGCUCUCCUUCCUUUUCCUGCCCCACCGCUAGAGCACUCUGGAUUGCUUGGUCGCAGGCUAAAACCCUUCCAAGUAACCAAGUUACAGGAGACUUUGCCCCUAAUGACAAUUUUUGAUUGCUUGGGCUCAUUACGCUAUCGCCCCUUCACCCCCCGCUAGCAAUGUUGCAUCCAGAAUAGGACUCAUUUUACCCAACUUGUACAAAAUUCAAAAUUGUUUGGGGUGGGGGGGAGGGAAGGGGUGGGGGUCAGGUUGCCAGUUUUACCAACACUUUUGACCUCCACUGAUGUUAAUGUUUUAUGCAAUUUUAUUGGUAGUGAUGUACAUGUACAAUAUUUUAUAGACAGUGUUAAAUUUGUGCCAACCAAUGAAAUCCUGUUUGUUUGCUUUUAGAUGACGAAUCAAUUUAAAGUUGGUGUAUUGUAUUGCAAAGAUGGACAAAGCACAGAAGAGGAAAUGUAUAACAACCGUAAGUUGAAUUAAUUGGUAAACUAGGGCAGAGAGAAAAUUUUAAAUCAAAAGAAUGGUUGCAGUUUAUUAUAUAUUGAACAACAAAGUUCCUUGGAAGUGCUGUGACACAUCAUGUGGUUAUUGAAUUUGUAAAUUUUUCGGUAAUGCACACGCUGAAAUGUAACUUGGGGGACUCGCUGGUUCAGUGGUUAGUGCUUUGGUCUUUAUUUCAGUAGGUCCAGGUUUUGGCCCUGCAGAGUCAUUUUGAUGUGUUCUUGUGUUUCACUGUCACAGUGCCUCACUCCACCCACUGAGGUGUAAAAAACAGUUUCCAGCUAUUUAAAUUCUGGGGGUAACCCGGCAAUGAACUUAGCAUUUCAGUGGGGAAAAGAGAUAACUUACUAUUUCUAGUCACUUCAUGCCACAGAAAUAGGAUUUAGUUUUUGGAUCAGUUUCUGGGAAACUGCCCACCUGCCCCUCCCCUAACUCAACAUUAACAUUUGGGUCUCACUUGGGGCAAAAUGUUGGGUUAGGGGAGGGGUAGGUGGGCUGUUUCCCAGAAACCUGAACUGAUCUGAGUUUUUUAGGAUGCUCAGGUUUAGGAGCUAUUCACUUGAUGCCGAAAUGACUUUCAUUGUGGAAUGAGUUCAUUCAAUCUCCGUAUUCUUUCUCUGUAUUUGCUUACUUGAUACUGAAGCAACACGUAGUUCCUGUUCAAGUCAUUCUGGAGUGAGUUCAUUCUGGUGAAAUUCUUGUUCUCGUAUGAAGUUUCAUUCUGGUAUCAUGUAAACUGAAACCAAACUAGUGCAAGUAGCGCAUGUGUAUUUGAUCUUUCACGAAAACCACGUUCGUGAGAGUGCCUUGGGUUGAGCUAGUCAAUUUUAUUUUGUGAUGAUUGCAGUACAAACUUCAUUCUGGAAAGAAACCCAUAUUUCCAGAAUUUUUCAUUCUGGUAUCAUAUAAACAGCCCCUUACAUGUACCUUUUUAUUAUGUCCCUUUUUUGUUUAACAGAAAUGUCAGGUCCUGCUUUUGAUGAAUUUCUGGAACUCAUUGGAAAAAGAGUCGCGCUGAAGGGUUUUGAAGGGUACAGAGCCCAGUUGGAUAACAGAAGUAAGUUCUAGACAAACAGACAUGUAAUGCUCUUUGGCUUUGUUUCAUCCUUACACUUGCAAGUAAUAAGUAUUAUUCUUUAACAAUAUCACCAUUUCGGUAGCACAAAGCAAAAAUGUUUGUGAGGAUUACUAGGGGAGGGGGAGGAGGACUUUGGUUGGGGUUAUUUGGGGAAGGGGGAGGGGAACUUUUGUGGGGGAUUAGUUUGGGGAGGGGAGGGGAAUGGUUGGGAGAGUUUUUGGGAGAGUUGGGAGGGGAACUUUGAUGGGGGAUUGUUUGGGGGAGGGGAAGGAGAACUUUGGAGGAAUUAUUUGGGGUUAGAACUUUGCUGGGGGAGUGGUUGGAGUGAUGAAACCAGGAGAGAUAGAGGAAAAAGAGAUAAGGAAGGUGCAGCCCUUUACUAAAACAAUACCUUCUGGUGUGCAAGUAAAUAAUAUUAUUUUAGACAAUACAGAGAUUAUAAACUGCCAUAAAGCCAUAACUGCCUAUGAACAGACUGAUGGUUAACUCACUGUCAGUCAGAGUACUGAUUGUAAACUUUCUGUUUUGCAGAUGACUCCACUGGAGAGUAUUCAGUGUACACACAGUUCCACGGUCGAGAAAUCAUGUUUCAUGUCUCAACACUUUUGCCCUGGACACCUAAUAAUAGACAACAGGUAUUAUAUUUAUCAGGGUGUAGUCAACAUGAACAGUUAACUUGGAAAAAAACCUUUAGCUCUUACCAGUUGCCAUGAAGAAAUGAGAUAAAAAUUAAUACAUAUUAUACAUAUGUAGUAACUACACCAGAAUCAAUUGUUGGUCACUUGCCAAUGCUCAUAUCAAAAGGUCAGUGCCGGAUCCACACCUUGAGAUAAGGGGUUGGGGGGUGGGGCGGUCAUCCAGACCCUUAGAAAAAGAGGUGGGGGUGCCGAUCUUCCCAAAAAAUUUUUCAGCCCUUCGGGCCUCAGUUUGGUCUAAAAGUAAGGGGGGCCUGCGGGCCCCUCCCCUGGAUCCUCCACUGAAAGGUCAACCUGUGUUAAGCAGUUGGUUGGUCACUCCUAAGGGUAACUGUCUUAUACAUGUUUUCUCUGUAUUUCCUCCAAGGCAAUGCUCUUUGGUACCGUAAAAUUCCGAAAAAUUAAUAAGCCCCUCCUAAUUAAGCCCCCCAAACUCGUAACGCAAAAAAACCUCUGUUAAAUCGCCCCUCCAAAUAUAAGCCCCUCGGGGGGGCUUGUACUUGGAAAUUGCCCUCAAAUACAAAGAAAAGCAAAGAAAAAAUGGUAAAUCUCCUUCCAACUAUAAGCUAGCCCAAUCGACUUUGAAACGCAAAUUUCCCUCCCUGGAUAAGCCCCUCCGAAUAUAAACCCCUCCAAAAAUAAGCCCCUUAAAAAGGGCCUUUGAAAAAAAUAAGCCCCGGGGCUUAUUUUCGGAAUUUUACAGUAAUUUUCAAUAAUAACAUGGAAUGAUGUUCUCCAUUUUGUUGCAGCUUCUCAGAAAAAGACACAUUGGCAAUGACAUAGUCACUAUUGUGUUCCAAGAGCCUGGUGCACUUCCAUUCACACCAAAGAACAUUAGAUCUCACUUUCAACAUGUGUUCAUUGUGGUCAGAGUUUUCAAUCCAUGCUCUGAUAAUACAUAUUACAGGUAUUUGACUAAAAGGCAUGCAGCCCUCUCAAAAUAAUGUUCAGGCUGGUACCAGUAUUUAACCUUUUUGGGUUUGUGGUAAAAGUUAAUAAUAUUGUUAAAUUACUUAAAGAAAAUUGACAGAUUGAUUUUAUUUUUCUUUGACUGGGUGGAAUACAGUUUCAAAUUCAGGAAGGUGUAAAUGUAAAUUGUGAGUAGAACAUUUUUCUGGAGGGGUUCUUUUGAGGCAGACCCAAAUUUUGAAAAUUCUUCCCACUCAGGAAUUUGCAAGUUGCUUGCUAGAAAUAAUAUUUUGGAAUUUUUGAAUGGUUCACAUUAAAUUUGAAGGCUAACGAUCGAAUUUAGCAAAUCAGAUUUAAACAUUCACAAGAUCACCUAUGUGCUAGAUUUCCCGACUUCUUCUUUUACUCUGUUGCAUUUUGAAGAAGUUAGGGAUAGAAACUAAACUCUGGUUAAGUCUGUCUGCGAAACAGCGUUAAAAUCCUUGUUCUGGGUCCCCACCUGUGUAUCAUGAUUUGAGUAUGUGCCAUGAUUGAUCUUUUGAAAAAGCCAUUGUCGACUUGCCAAUCAAAGUUAAAGGAAGUUCAAAAUGCACUUCUGGUAAUUCAUUGAGUCCAUUGGGGGCCCAGAACGUUUAUCUUGGCGCUACUUCUAAGACGUUACCUACUGGGGUUAAAUUACUUCUGCAAUGCAGGCUAGGGAUAGCCAUGACAAUGCUAUAAGUUGGGAAUUAUUUUUUUAUGGUUAUGUUUAGAGUCGCUGUAAGUCGUUCUAAAGACGUACCUCCAUUUGGACCAAAUAUACCUGCCGGGGCCAAGUUUGGAAAGCAGAAGGCUUUUGCAGACUUCCUUCUGACAAAAGGUAAGGAGAGCCUUUUCCAUGACUUUGUACAUCUGUCUGAAGAUUGCUUAUUGCGGGUGAUCAGGGAUGGCGCAGUGGUGAGAGCAUUUGCUUCCCACCAGUGUGAACUAGGUUUAAGUUUUGGUGUCAACACCAUACAUGGGUUGAGGCUAUUGUUGGUUCUCUUCCUUUCUUUGAGAUGUUUAUCUCUGGCUAUGUCUGUAUCAGUUUUCCAAAUUCGAAUUCAAUCUGGAAAGUGUUUCCAAUUAGUCGGAGACUAGCCUGUUCCAGGCAUUCAGAUAGUGGUGUGCGACAUUAAGGAAGAGAGUGAGAAAAAAAUAAGGAGGAAAAGAGGGAGAGUGUGUUUUUUUCUGGUCACAUCUCUUUGUGCUGUCCCAUGAUCUGAAUGCCUGGAACAGGCUCAAUGAAGACACUUAGAAGGCCACAGGUUUAUAAGUUAUUUAAACUGUCUAUACUAGUGUCAUCGUCUCAAUAAAUAAUGUUAAUUUGGUGGUUCUAAUUUUUAAAACCAAAACCUUUUGUAAAUAUGGGACUUUGUUUUCCAAACAAUGCCAGGAUCUGGUGGUGGUUCCUAGGGAGAACACAACACUUUAAUCACCACGAGACAGACUAAUCUAUUCUGGUACAGAAGCUAGACGUGUGUUAUACUCCGGAGCAGUUCAGAGUGGUUUUAGAGUUAUCUACCUCAUAUAUUACAGCAUGAACUGUCCAACUACAGGUUGGGGAAGGAAGCGGGGCAGCGGGGGGGGGGGGGGCGCUACUUGAGGAAUUUUGUUUUAUUCCUUUCAAAUUAAGCCACUAUCCUGGAGUCACUAUUUUCUGGAAACUACUCAGGUUGAGGCUUUCUUUGCUGCUAAACUGGGUUGUAGUUAACUUUGAAUUAACCAAUUCAAUUUUUUGAGUGUCAAUUAUCAGUUCCCCUACUCUAGACUAAAAUCUUCAACCAUUAGAUCCUUUAACAGUUUUAUCAUCUUUUAAUGUCGACCAUAUUAGUCAUGGCUCAAAGGCUUGGUGGAAUAGAUGAAUCACCUAGAGCUUCAGGGAUGAAUAGUGCAUUUCUUUAGUUUUAUUCCUUUCAACCUUGCAGCCAAGUAUAAAUUUUAAAUUGUCGAAAUAAUUUCGGUUUUUUGAAAGUGAACACAAAUACCGAAAGCCAAAUACCAACUUUUCCUUUUGAAAAAAACUGAAAACCAAAAUGUGUGUGCAAAAGGAAAAAUGAAAAUUGUGGCUGAAAAACGAAAACUUUGCGAGUAUUACUGAAAGUCCAAUUUCAAAGAGUGGCCUAUACUGCUAAACCAAAAACCUCAAUGUUAGUUUUUGUUGUUGUUUUUAAUUUACAGUUAUGAAUGCCGAAAAUGCUGCUCACAAGUCUGAGAAAUUCAGUGCUAUGGCAACAAGAACAAGACAUGAAUACUUGAAAGAUCUGGCAACAAACUUUAUUACCAACACCACACUGGAGACUGGUGCCAAAGGAAAAGGUACAUUGUAAACGAACAGGGCUGUCAUUAAAGAGCCAGGGGCCAGGGAUCUCCUCCAGCUACUAUGGACAUGGUCUCCGGCUACUUUCAUAGGGAAAUAGAAGAAACAUAAAACCAAAAGAAAUCCCUAGCUGUUUGAUUCCCUGCCUACUUGUUGUAUUUACCCAGCAACUUGAAAUCUUAGUGAUGUCCCUGAAUGAAAUACAUACAUUAUGGAUUUAGUACUUUGACGUUUACAAGGUGCCCCUUCGAGAGGCAUUGGGCCACCCCGAGCAUAGCUGGGAAAACUGCUGACCAGCAUUACUUCAAGCUUAACUUUCCCUAAAUUACAUUUAGCCACAUAAAAAUUAUUUUACGGCUCCAGUCUGAAGAUCCGCGCUUAAGUUCCACUCUGAUUUACCAUGCUGAUAUUUAUUCUUGGUAGUCUUAAGUUCAAUUCGUUCAUUUUGCAAGUUCAUUCUUGCAAAAUGGCCAACUGGUUGUUUUGCCUCUUGCCCAUUUGGAUACUUUUUUAAUCUUGAAAAAAUUAAUAUGGCCGUGCUAUUUUUUUAAACAACUGUAAUAUUCUGGUUCCUUUGCAAAAUGUACCAAUAAGGAGUUCAUUUCUCAGAUCAUUGGUUUGAACAUAGUCAUGAUAACUAUGAGACUUCACAGCCUCAUUAUAUUUACUUGAGUAAAUAUAUACUUAAUAAAUAAUCAGUUUGACGUUUUGGUUUUGUGGCAAUUGCCACACUAUCAUCAUUAAAAGUAGAUGUUUAUUUGUUUCUUCGAAAAUUGACUUUGGAAGCGAAAACUUUUAAUUACUGACGUAUCUUUCAUUAUUGGGUCUGCUUCCACAGACCGUUCGUUAAGGACUAAUCAAAAGUGCGUGUUUUUCUUUUGUUUUUGAUAACUCUAUAAAUGAUCAGUUCUUUGAGCCCUAACUGUAACACUAUGUUUUGCCAGGUAUUCUAAGAUCAACAAAGAAGAAGGAGAAGGUUCGUCCACCCAUUUCGCCAGAGAAAGUUUCCAGGGGAGCAUUAAUUUGGAAUGUACAGGUGAUAGUUGGUUUUUGCUUUUGGUUGUUUUUAUUUGUUUGUUUGUUGUUGUGUUACUUAUACUCUUAUAAAAAGUAAUCAUUGAGGGUACAUGUAGUUUAGACUUCGUCCUUCGUCUGAUUUAAUAUGACGCGGGACCUUUCGCGACUUCGUUGCUCGCUUGGCGGCUUCGCAGCUUAAAAAGCGCUUCGCUCGUUAAGAAACUCGUGAGGUCGAAUUGCAGCAAGUCUAAGGGUAGUUAACCCUUUCAGCCCUAACAUCAAAAUUCAAAUUCCCAUUUGCUGUCCCUAUACGUUUCCUAUAAAAGUAGUAGCGAGAAGGUGUUGAAGUAUCAAUUCAUUGUAUCUUGUGUGAUCAUCUCCUUAAUUCUCAUCACCAAUCUGUUUUAUAAAGCAUUAAUAUCACAAGGAGAAUUUUGAUACUGAUCAAUCUUAGGGCUUAAAAGGUUAAUUAAGCCUGACAUGGAAAGCCAGUUCAGCUAGCCUGUACCAGGCUUUCAGAUUGUGGACCAGUGGCACGGAGACAGAGAGCAGGAAAAAAAAUAUUAGAGAUUAAGAUUCACGUUUAUACCAAACGGAAAACGAGGAUAGAGGAUUUAUGGUGUAGUACAUGAACUCAAAGUUGUGCUGUAUGAAUUUUUUGCAGGUUGAGGAUUACAGGAAUUCAUCCAUGAUUGAGUGUAAGAUGGGCAUCUCUGCUGAUACACUGGUGUUGAUCCAUUCCUCUAGCAAGGUUAGUCGUACAACUUUGUCAUACUUAGUUCUAUCCAUGUUUCUUCUAUGACUGUAAAUGUAGAGAUGUCUUUUAUGUAGGUGAUUAGUCGCAAAAAAUAUGUUAAGUCCUUUUCAAUGCAGUCUAACCUCCACUAACGACCACCUCUCUACAACGGUCACUUUGUUUGUCCCGUCGCACAGUCCAUACAUUAGGCUGAUUUAGCAACAGGACGGGAACGUCAUUUGACGACGGGAAAGCGCGCGGAAAGGACUAAACACGACUUCCGGUGCUCAAUUUGCCGCUCUGCCAUUGGUCAAGCCAGUUGUUUGAUUUGCGCGCACCGUCUUCAACUGGCUUUCCCGUUCUGUUGCUAAAUCAGCCAUUGAUUUCUGUUUAAACCUCUCUACAACAGCAACGACCAAUAAAGCGUGACCCCAAGCGCUAAAAUAAGCUCUUGACAAUUGCCAUUUUUUUCUGUGAUCGAUUAAAAAGUCAUGAAAUUGGAUCGGUAUAGUGCGUUGAUGAUUAUGGCAAUCUUAUUUUGAUUAUGUUCUAUUUAUACUGCUGUAGUGAGCAUAAAUUGACUACGAUACUUGUAGCGAAUGUUGCGAACCUUGCUCGUUAACCUUUUGAUUCAAACCAUUAUUAAGCUUUUUGUGUAUUUUAUCUGUAUAUAUUAUAUAUGAUUGGAUUACCAUCACGGGAUACAUUAAGCAUGAACGUAUCACAAUAAACAUGUUGAACUCGCUGAACAAAUAUUUGUCAUAUUCCACCCCUACCUCCCCAUAACGGCCAAGGGCGUAGCCACCUCAUAGACCUGUAGGCCUCGGCCUACAAUUUUUUGGUUUGAUCACUCUACCCCUUGCAAUAAAUUAUGCGUUUUGGGGGUGAGCUAAAAAGCUUAAGAGCUUAAAGUAUUGGUGAGCUCAGUGCGUACUAGUCAUGUGUACACUUUUCAGGACACGUGGAAAUGAAAGUCGGCCAGGCCUACAACUAGUCAAAAGCUGGCUACGCCCCUGACGGUCACCUCUUCACAGCGGCCAUUUUCUUCUGUCCCCAAUGUGGCCGUAUUGGAGAGGUUCGACUCUUUUUUUUUUUUCAUUUUCUUGCAGGAAGUUUUGUUCAGCAUUCCAUCUAAAUCAGUGAUUGGCUGGACGUCACUUUCACAAAGGUAUCUUCAUUGUCAGAAAAAUUAUGAUUAUAGAAAACAGAGCGCUUGGUUUUUCCCCCUUGAAAUGUAUAGUUAUUCAUUUUUGAGAGUUUUAUGUAAUACACUUUGCUUUUCUGACUACAGUAUCAAGGUAUUUUAUGGCAGUGGAGAAUGUUUGGUGUUAAACAUUCCCACGUCUGACUCAGAUGACAUCCCAGAGAUUGUUAGGAGACUUGAAGAAAUUUCUAUUGGUUGCCAGGUAAAAUUGUUUUUCUGUGUUUCUUCUUACAUAGGCAAACACUGCCCGGUUAAGUCAAACUACUCGUUGCCCCCGUAGUAGGCGCAAAAAGGGGAGGGGAAGGGAGAGGGGGAGAAAAUCCCUUACCCUCUCUCCCCAACCCCCCUCCCUUUUUCCCUUUCUCGCAAUCCCCUAUCCCUUUCGGCGCCUGCUAUGCGGGCUAAACUGGCUGGUGAGCUCAGCUGGCAGAGUGUAUGUCUGCUGAGCGGAAAUGAAAGUCGUGGCAAUCAGCCAAUGACAUUCAGAAUUAUAUUUUUAACAGGAAAUUGAUGAUACAACAUUCUCAACCUCAGUAAUAAUUCAUAAAGAAAAUACAAAGGAAAUUAAUGUUGAAUCAGUGUUUGGAAAUCAGAUGAAAACUGCUCAUUUUUGCAUCCUUAAUUUCUCCCUCUAAAAUCGUCUUGUUUGAGAAGUAAUAUCAAGCAUUCGACACAGUGUUUCAUCUGGGUGACCUCAAAGUUUGUCAAAAAUACUUCAUAACGGCUCUCGGUGUAUCAUCUGGUGAUAAAACACUGCGUCUCAUGCUUGAUAUAUUACGUUAAGUUUAACGUCAUUUUGCUCUAUAAAGAAAGGGGAGCCGGCUAAAUGUACCUUUAUAUUACCACAUAGUAACGUCCUUCAGUGCACCAUAAACUCCCUGUUUGUCGAAGGAAGACAAAUUUAACAAUGGUGGGACGACCAAUCAUAUUUCGAUGUGAUUAGCUCUAUGAAGUAUAAUAGUAAAUCUCUUAUUCGAUGUUUUGGUAGAUAAAUCAGACAGCCAUUUUUCUCAUUGCUCCCAGUAUUCUCUGUAUUAUCUGCUAAAACAUGGCGAAUAAGGUUUUUAAUAAUAGUAGUAAUAAUAAUGAUGAUGAUGAUGAUGAUGAUAAUAAUAGUAAUAGUAAUAGUAAUAAUAAUAAUAGUCUUUAGAUUCUGAGACGAGUACUUGGUCUCAGUACUAAGUAGUGCACGCGCGUGAGCCAGCGUCUCUGUGGCGGGAAAACGUGAUAGCCGUAGCCAUUCUACCAUGAGGUUUAGCGAGAAUGUUGUAGUGCAACCGGGAAAGAGCUAAACCCUCACCAAUAAAAAUAACCGCACUAAUUUUUUCGGGUGAAAAAUUGUACAAAAGCUUUCCGGGUUAAAUAUUUGUCCUCAAUACGCGAAAAAACUCUCGUGCUCGUAGUCGUCCCCCGCUCCUCGUCCUCAAAUCUAAAGCAGGUAUUUUCUUCCUCACAGACCCAAAUCAUGACUUUACGGCGCAACAACAUGGGACAGUUGGGAUUUCAUGUACAGUUUGAAGGACUCAUCGCGGAUGUUGAAAAUUCCGGGCUUGCCUGGCAGGCAGGACUGCGACAAGGAUCUCGACUUGUUGAGGUUUGGAGCAAAGUCAUAAAAUUCAAGUACAGAACCAAUUGAGAGUAGUGUUAGAAAAGAAAUACUUUCUAUUCUUUCGGUUACGCACUAAAACCUUCAAUCCAGAGAUGCAAUUAGCUCGUACCAUGAGAAAACUGUUGAAGAGGUUGCAUUUGAAUGCUGUUGCCAGGGUGUUCAUUAAGCAUCGGAGAUCGCAGAAUUCUCCGGCUAACGUUCGGUAGCCUAUGACUAGUUUUUAUUCAGACGUGGAGACUAUCAAAAUAUUCUCCUAUAACGUUACACCUUUCUCUUAUUACUAGAAUUCUUUCUGAAAACCCUGCGAGUUUUGUCAUUAGAUUUUGGCCCUCAACCCAAAAUUUGGAAAUUCAAGUAUGCUACCCUUUUCGCAAAAUCAUGUGAUGCCAUGCAAAUCAGUGUUUAAAAAGUGACGCCUUUUGCAACGUACUAGCAAGCUCUAGGGAUGGUGAGUGGGGGGAGAAAGGUAGCCAGUUCGAGGCGUUCAGAUAGUAGAGCCCAAGAAACAAAAGUGAAGAAAAAAAAAAAAAAAACGGGGGGGGACUAGAGGGGGGAAGGGGAUGGGGGACCCCCCCCCCCCGUUUUCCCGGUGGACUCGUAACUCUCUCCCCACUGACCGCUGCGCUCUACUAAUUGAACGCCUGGAACAGGGUAGGUGAAAGGGUACUCGCUCUCACUCCCUUAUUUCUCCAGCAUGAAUCGAAAUUUAUGAUGUCAAUAACUUAUUUGUCAUAACAAAUCCUUAUUUUCCAGAUCAAUGGGCUGAUUGUAGCCAUGCUGAGUCAUGAUCAGAUGAUUGACAUCUUACGCAAGCCUGGAUCAGUGUCUGCUGUUAUUGUGCCGCCCUUCCAGAGCGGAAAACCAAGAAAGUGUGUACCUCCUACUUGAAUUUCUUGUUUAACACGCAAGUGCACCGCUCGCAAGGCGCACAAUCAUUGACGUCAGAGUUGAUGACGUCAAUGAUUGUAUAUUGCCCGCAUCUUCUUAAUUUGGUCAGCGCCAGCAGGGUAUGAAGAAUUAGCCAGGGGUUAGAGCCAAUCAGAAACGGCGAAAUAGUUUGAAUGACCAAUAAUAAUAUUUCUUACAGCUUUUAUUAUUCCAGUUUACCUUCGUUGUAAAGGUCUUUUCAUUUUACGUCGUCAUGAUGAAAGGCAUAGGAUAAAUUAGUUAUGCAAAGGCUUGCUUGUAUAAUGAGAAAUAGCAAGUCACUCACAGGAUAUUUCACGGUAUACCACGAGAAAGCAUUGGAUAACUAAUAUAUUCUAUACGUUCAGUGAUUUUGUUACCGCUGCGUCCCGCGUCCCUGACGCAUAGAAAUCCCCAAUGACGCAAAAUAAUUCAUGGCAUGCGACCGCAAAGAUUGAUCAAUCUGAACAUGUGUAUUUGUAGAAAUAUCCCGUUCGUGUAAUUUCUGUGGCAGUUAUUAUCAUGGCUGUUGUAAACGGUGCACAAUUCUUUUAGCCUUUGUUGCGCUUUAAAAUAGGUUUAUAUUAAUUUCAGUAUAGUGUAAUACAGAGUUUUCAUUUGGAGUCUGUCUUCAGAUUAACUGUUUGGUUACUUAAAGGCUAGAUUGUUCACAGUCCUCUAUUUUUCCGUAAGAUCGUAAGACGCACUAUAUCUCGACGAUCUCACGCAAAAAUGGAGGACUGUGAACAGUCUACAUAAAGGCCCAAGCAUUUUUAAUUUCGGACUCGUUUUUUUUUACUGGGACCCAUUGGUUCUGAAAUGGGACUCAUGAUUUUUCACAAGAUGAGUCCAAGGACUUACCUAUGUUCGGCGUGGGUGUUCACAUUUUCCUGGGUUACAACCUAAUUCUCCUAACAUUUUUUAUGCAGAUAUACUUUUUCCCCAGGGGCACAGUUUAACUUCCCAUAAUAUUUUUUAUUCCCCAGGGGUAUCCAAUUACCUAGUGGGUCCUACUGGAGUGCCAGUCGUGCUUCAGUGGGGACUAUUUCCUCGUUUGGCAGUGCCUCGUCCGUGGGAGAGGAUGUAGAUUCACGUGAUGUUUCAGCGGGGUCGUCUACGUCCCUCUCAGCUGCUGAUAGCGGUCGUAAGCAGUCGUUUAAAGUUGGCUCAAAAAGCAACGGCAAAGGCGGAAAAGACAGUCCUUGGGUGAUGAGGCCGAAUAAUGCUGGCUCUGUUGAAGCAAGGUAACUAACCGUUGUUACAUCUUACCUUUAGAGUGCAUAUAGUCCUCAUUUUUCGCAUUUCGUAGGCUGGCUUUGACGCUUGAUGUCCCACUGUCUAGGAAAAAUAAUAAGAGACUGCUCCUCACUACUUCGUGACUGAGAUUAAAAAAAAAAGUCACUCGCAUACCGUAAAAUUCCGAAAGUAAGCCACGGGGCUUAUACUUUUCAAAGGCCCUUUUUGAGGGGGUUAUUUUUGGAGGGGCUUAUAUUCGGAGGGGCUUAUCUACGGAGGGAAAUUUGCGUUUCAAAAUCGAUUGGGCUAGCCUUAUAGUUGGAAGUAAAUUUACCGUUUUUGCUUUGUUUUACUUUGUAUUUGAGGGCAAUUUUCCAAGUACAAGCCCCCCCCUUUUUUGGAGGGGCUUAUUUUCGGAAUUUUACGUUAUUUUCAUGAGGCUUAGAAAUUACUAUAUUUACUAAUUUAUAUCAUUGCGAAUAGUCGUCUAUUAACGUGCAAUCCCUAGCAGUAUGUUGUAUGAUUUUCGAAUGAACCCAGAUAAAUAACCUCAGCUCCAACAAGACUUCUGAAGUUCAGUGGUCGGAGUAUUAGGACUAGUGACCAAGAUGUGUUAGGUUUGACUCUCGUUGGGAUGGCUUGGAUUUUUUUGGAGUCGCCUGUUUCACUGACAAAUAUAUAACAUCAUUUUGUUGUCUUGAUUGUUCACCAAAUAACCCACACCACCACCAGAAUAAACCUACCAGUAUGGAGACCAUAUGAAGAGGUUACCGGUCAUCUCGCCCCGGUUACGUAGCCCCCUAUUCUAGAACGAGGAAUAUUAUAUUUGAAGCGGGUUUGUUUUUGGUUUAUGGCUUAAAGAACGAGGAAUAUUACAUUUGAAGCGCGCUUGUUUUGCUUUAUGGCUUAUAGAACGAGGAAUAUCACAUUUGAAGCGCGCUAAGUGACUCGAAAAUAGGGGGCUAAGUAACAGGGGUUAAAUGACCGGUAACCUAUGAAGAAUAUGCAUAUUGAUAUGAUACGGACUUUAGCCACCUACCCCUCCCCUAAGCCAAAAAGUUACUUCUCGGUUAGGGCAAAAUGUUCGCGUAGGGGAGGAGUAGGUGGGUAGUUUCCCAGAAACUUUUAAUGAUCCAAAUAAUGGUCCCUCAUUUCUUGUUCUCUUCAGAGCAAUGUAUUCUGGCUCCCGCCCUCCUGAUUCCCCAGCGUCGCCUGGAACGAGUUCAACUUCUUCGGUCAGCGGCAGCUCGCAAACACUUCUUGAGACCCCGCGUGCAUACGGGGCUGGAGCUUUUACAUACGGGGCUUCGUACACCGUAACGAGUGUGACUCCUAAUGGAGAAAGGUCCCAGGGUGCCGCAAAGUCCGUUGGUGUCACAGUGAAGGCCCAUACAGCGUCGGGCACGUUAUACGCUAUCGCAAGCGGGCCUUCCUCUCCACCGCAAUCUCCCCGCAGCCCUGACAAGCCCAUAUUUGGAAGCACAUCGCAGAGGCAUCGGAAAACGGUCGUGAAUGGAGAGGGAAACUCCAGGGUCGAUGUAGGUACGAUGGAUUCCAGAUUCCCGGAAGACAGUUACGGUGCUGUUCGAGUGAACAUCGAGGCAAUGCCGGAUAACAGUAGCAAACGGGAUUCGGGUCACGAAACAACGCCGUAUGUGGCGCAGAAAAACGACGCCAUGCCUUUCAAGGAGACAAGUUUAGGAGCCGUGAUCACGACAGUGAACACUUACAAACAGAAACCAAGCUACGAGGACAUCACUGAAGCUUCUAUGUCUGACACAGUGGACCAGAUCGAGAAAGCGUUUGGGUUUCGAACCCCAGACAUGAUCGCAAAUGGAACAGGGAGCUUAGAAAGAAAUGGGAGCUUACGACUGAAAGUCGGGGAUCGGGCGUCCUCGGGUUCGCUGCAAGAUAUUCAACUAACUCCCCGCAGAGCGCAGUCUGGGGAGACGCUGAACCAGUUCCGAGGCGGCGAAGGUGAAGACUCACAAGGAAACAUUUUGAAGAGACUGACAAGAGAAGCGGACAGAGAACAGAGCAGGGUAUUGCAGCGAAAGAGUGAAGGCGAUCUACCGCAAAAUGUGAUGCAAGGCAGAAACACCACGACUACGGUAGUCGAGGCGUCACCCACAUCCGUGGAAGUGAAAAAGGAAAUGAGACGCAAGUCAGAGUACGAAGCGCGUUUGGCUGCCAGGAAUCUUCUGAUCGAACGCUUGGAAAACCAUCGGCAGUCCCUGGAAGGUCCCAGUGACAAAGUGGAAGGGAUUAAAAUUUACCACGCUAAAAGCCGAAGCACCCCUGUGGAUUGGAGAAAUGUAAGCGAGGACAAGCAGACAAAUUCAAGACUCACCACGCAGGAUGACAGCGCGAAGAUGCCUGCCGAGCGAGUGCAAGAUGACGACGUGAAAACUCCGCAUCAUCUUAGGCGAAAGAAAUCGGGUGAGCAAAGCCCGAGUAAGGUUCGGACGCCCGACACUAACCGAACGUCCGUUAAACCAGUGGUGCGCUCCGAAAGAAAAAUCCGUUUGACAAGUUCUGCGAAUCCAGGCCAUCACUUGCCUGCUGAUAAAUCGCACACGGUUCCACGUCAGAGAUCAAGCAGGCGACGCCAUAGUUCAAAGCAGUCAUCAGUGACCGCCGCUGGCGGAAAUUCUGAUUCUACCGAUGAAGAAACCAGAGAAAGAAACGCGGACGCAGUGGACGCUAGUCAGAUGAUUGCAGGGAAAUUGCUCUUCUCCCCAGAGAGUCACAAAAAAUCUUCGAGUCUCCCGCGUGAGUGGGACGCACGGACCACGCCUCACGCGACCAUCCCGCGCGAAUCUCGAGGACAUCGUUCGCAUUCUCAGUCACACUCCCAUCUCAAAAACGCGCGGAUUACCAAGAUCAAAAUGAGCGCCAGUGAAGAACCGAGUGACUCGAUCGUUGAUCAGACUUCUCGGCUUCUUCAUGCGGCAAAAGCUGUCAAGUACGAUAAAGGUUCCUCGCUCGUUGUAGCUGAAGAUGUGCUGCACUCGCUGACACGCGCUUCGGACCUGCUGCAUCACCAGUCCUCUGUCGCUAGAGAAGAAAGGGAAAAGGAGAAAAGAGACAAGGACAAGUCGUUGAGCAGGAUAAAAGCACCAGGUAAG